CAAAGGAGACCCGAAACAGGUCCGCGGGCUGCCCUACUCACAGCAAUGAUCCUCACGCAGUGCGCCGUCUGCGCCACCGAGCUCGGGCUAACCUUGGGGAAGAAAUGCGGCCGCUGCAGCACGCGCUACUGCGGCGCCGAGUGCCAGGUGCAGCACUGGAAAGAGGGCGGCCACGACCAGCUCUGCAAGAAAUUAAAAAAAGCAGGCGGCGCCGAGCAGUACAACGCAAAUACGAAAUACACGGAGGCCGUCGCGGUCGCGGCAGAGAAGUGCGCGGAAGACACAAAGGGCCAGACGUGCUACAUCUGCACGCAGGCGCUCCACUGGAAAACAAAGGAGGGCCUCGUGCGCGGGUGUUCGUGCCGCGGGACGGCAGGCUUCGCGCACGUGUCAUGUCUUGCGGAGCAGGCGAAGAUUUUGCUCGCGGAGGCCGAGGAGAACAAUUUGGGAGAGAAAGUGCUCUAUGAGCGGUGGCGGCGGUGGCACAGGUGCAGCCUGUGCAAACAAGACUACCACGGCGUCGUGCGGUGCGCGAUCGGAUGGGCGUGCUGGAAGACGUACGUGGGGCGGCCUGAGGUGGACUCGUUUAUGGCUCGGAUGAGUGCGAUGAGAUGCCUCGGGAUGGGUUUAUCGGCCGGUGGGCACCACGCAGACGCGGUGUCCGUACAAGAGGCUGAGUUUUCUUCGCUGCAGCGCCUUGGUGUACCGGAAGACGACAUACUCGUGUCGCAGGGCAAUCUUGCGAUCGCGUAUGAGAGGAAUGGUCGGCCUGAAGAUUGCCUACGCACCUGGCAGGACAUAUACUCCAGACGUUUGGAGCUCUUUGGCGAGGAAAAUGAAUUGACCCUCCAAACAGCCAACAACUAUGCGUGGGGUCUUUGUGGCCUAGAGCGCUUCGAAGAAGCCAAGGCACUGUUGCGCAAACCGAUGCGCGUGGCACGCCGUGUUCUCGGAGAGAAUCAUGAAGUCACGCUGACGUUGAAGAAGGUUUACGCGGGGUCGCUUUGCAACGACCCCGACGCCACGCUCGAGGAUCUCCGCGAGGCCGUGACGACGCUCGAGGACACCACACGGAUUUCGCGGCGCGUUUUUGGCGCCUCACACCCGAGCACAACGGGACACGAGGAAUCCCUGCAAGAGGCGCAGGCACUACUGCGCGUCCGCGAAGCCAAGCUCGAAGGCGACGUGAAUGCACGUGUGAAUGCCCUCCGCGACGCGGUCGCCGUGAUGAAGGCAAGAAGAGAUGCGUAA